AAUGGGCAAAAAGGAAACAAAGGAUAAGAAGCCAGCACAAUUCAAGUAAGUAAAUUAUUGAUAUAUUUCUAUAGAAAGAUUUAUGAGUUGUUGUCUAAAUAUACUUAAGUGAUCAUCGUUGGAUUAGCAAAUGUUGGAUCAAAAUAAGUGUAAGACAUUAGAAGAAUAUUGGCUAAGAAAAAUGCCCUCUUAGUUAUUGGCAAGAAUGUAAACAUGUUCAAUUAAAUAUUGUAGACUCUCUUCAAAAAAGUGUUGGCUACAAGAGUAUAAGAAUUACCAGAUACUCAUGAAUAUUAUGAUGAAUUAAAGAAAUUUGGCAAUGCAAUCAAAGAAUUAGACUCUUUGAAAAACUAAGUUGCAGGCAAAGUUGGAUUUAUCUUUACAGAUACUCCAGUCUUUGAUCUUAAGCCAAUUAUCGAAGAAAAUAAGGUUGAAACCCCAGCAAGAGUUGGUGCCAUUGCUCCAAUUGAUGUUGUUAUUCCCCCUGGUCCAACAGGUAUGGAUCCAGCUUCAAUUUAAUUCUUCCAUGCACUCUAAAUUCCAACCAAAAUUGAAAAGGGUUAAAUCUAAAUCACAAAAGACUUUGUUGUCUUGAAAACUGGUUAAAAGGUUGGUUAAUCUUAAGCUGUUUUAUUGUAGAAAUUAGGAAAGAAGCCAUUUUUAUAUGGGUAUUACAAAUAAUUAUAUAUAUAUUAGUAUGGAAGUUCUUUCAUGUUAUGAUAAUGGAUCAAUAUUGAACAAGUAAUAAGUAUCAGUCAAUUUGAAUGACAUCGUAACUAAAUUCUAAUAGAAUGUCUAAAAUAUCUCAGCUAUUUCUUUGUAAAAUGGUAUGAUUUAUUUUAAUUAUUAAUUUAGGUUGGAUUAAUGAAGCCUCAGCUCCAUAUGUAUUGGCUAAUGCAUUUAAAGACUUAGCAGCUAUCGGUUUGUAAAGUGGAUUCAUCUUUGAUCAAAUUAAGUAAUCAAAUGCACCAGUUGCAGCUGCUCCAGUGGCUGCUAAAGUUGAAUAAAAGCCAGUUGCCCAAUAAGCCCCAGCUAAAGUUGAAGAGCCAGAAGAAGAUGUUGAUAUGGGAGGUUUGUUUGAUUGAUC